AUGCCUGAGCAACAUGAAUACGGUCCACACCUCUCAUGUAUGGCUAUGAUGCCUGAGCAACAUGAAUACGGUCCACACCUCUCAUGUAUAGCUGUGAUGCCUGAGCAACAUGAACACGGUCCACACCCUCAUGGGGAUGGGCGCUUUCCCAGGCUGGUCACUCUCAAGCUGGUCACUCCCAGGCUGGUCACUCCCAGGCUGGUCACUCCCAAGCUGGUCACUCCCAAGCUGGUCACUCCCAAGCUGGUCACUCCCAAGCUGGUCACUCCCAAGCUGGUCACUCCCAGGUUGGUCACUACCAGGUUGGUCACUCCCAAGCUGGUCACUCCCAGGCUGGUCACUCCCAAGCUGGUCACUCCCAGGCUGGUCACUCCCAGGCUGGUCACUCCCAAGCUGGUCACUCCCAAGCUGGUCACUCCCAAGCUGGUCACUCCCAAGCUGGUCACUCCCAGGUUGGUCACUACCAGGUUGGUCACUCCCAAGCUGGUCACUCCCAAGCUGGUCACUCCCAGGUUGGUCACUACCAGGUUGGUCACUCCCAAGCUGGUCACUCCCAAGCUGGUCACUCCCAAGCUGGUCACUCCCAGGUUGGUCACUCCCAGGUUGGUCACUCCCAAGCUGGUCACUCCCAGGUUGGUCACUCCCAGGUUGCUCACUCCCAAGCUGGUCACUCCCAGGCUGGUCACUCCCAAGCUGGUCACUCCCAAGCUGGUCACUCCCAAGCUGGUCACUCCCAGGUUGGUCACUCCCAGGUUGGUCACUCCCAAGCUGGUCACUCCCAGGUUGGUCACUCCCAAGCUGGUCACUCCCAGGCUGGUCACUCCCAAGCUGGUCACUCCCAAGCUGGUCACUCCCAGAUAUAAAGGAGUUUUAGAUGUACGAAGCGAACUCUGUCUGGCACUGGCCAGUGACAGAAUUUUCCACUUGGAGGGUUGCCUCCACGCCACUAAAUCAAGCCCACAGCUGAAGCAGCGAGACGCUAUAUCAAAGCUACGUCGAUAUUUUGGUCUGGAAACUGAAGCUCCACCUCGCAGUCUUAUAAAUGUCAAUGCAGAUAAGGGUUAA